GACGACAAGGAGCAGCUCGUGGGCGUGUCGUCCUCUAGGGGCGGCUCAGCCCAGGCGGGCAAGCAAGCCACUCUAGAGGAGUUCGGCACGGACCUGACCAAGGCAGCCGCGGAGGGCAGGGUGGACCCGCUGGUGGGGCGCGAGGCGGAGCUGGAGCGCACCAUCCAGAUCCUGGCUCGUCGCCAGAAAAACAACCCUGUCCUCAUCGGCGAGCCGGGCGUCGGGAAGACG